AUGGCAUCCACAACUAACCACACCCCUCCUCUGCUCGACCUCACCAUCGAUAAUAUCACCGAGAACGUGGUGCGAAUUAAUUCGCAGAGCAGCAAUGCACGGCUCAACUAUCUCAUGGAGCGGUUGGUGACCCAUGUCCACGACUUUGCACGGGAAACACGCCUCAGCACGCAUGAGUGGAUGGCCACCAUUGAGUUCCUCACCAAGACUGGCCAGAUGUGCACCGAUGUCCGCCAGGAAUUCAUCCUUCUCUCCGAUAUCCUUGGCCUCUCGAUGCUGGUCGACUCCAUCGACCAUCCCAAGCCACCAAAUUGCACGGAAGGCUCCGUACUCGGACCUUUCCACACCGGUGAUGCGCCACACCUCCCCAUAGGCUCGUCCAUGAGCACUGACGCUGCGGGUGAGCCCAUGCUCGCAUUAUGCACCGUCUCCGACUCUUCUGGCCGGCCAAUCUCUGGCGUCAAGGUGGACAUUUGGGAGACGGAUUCCUCAGGCCACUACGACGUGCAGUACGCAAAUCGAGAGUCGCCGAGCGAGCGCUGCAUCAUGACGAGCGACGUGGACGGUGGCUUCUGGUUCAAGGCCAUCAAGCCCGUCAGUUACCCCAUCCCGGAUGAUGGUCCGGUGGGCAAGCUGCUGCAGUUGCUCAACCGCCACUGCUGGAGGCCAUCUCACAUGCAUUUCAUGUUUGAGAAACAAGGACUGGAUCCUCUCAUCACGACGCUCUUUAUCCGCGGUGACAAGUAUGAGACAUCCGACGUAGUCUUUGGCGUCAAGUCGAGUCUCAUCAUAGAUUUAGGCAAGGUUGAUGAGGAGACGGCGACCAAGUACGGCGUCCCCGUGGGAGCCUUACUGCUCAGGCACAAGUUUGUGCUGGCGAGCACAGAGGAGACUGAGAAGCUGCGAGACAAGAACGCCAUGGAAGCCAUGGAGAGGCUGGGACUCAAGACGAAGCUCAUCGACCACUUGCCGGUACCUGAUUUGGAUUAG